CUUCUGACGAAUAGAGGAUAAGAACAUGAAGGGGUUCACCUGGGUCAUAGCCCCCAUCUUGACCUCCCUGGGCUACCUGCUGGUUCUGUUGGUCUCCAUCUUUCCCUUCUGGGUGCAGCUCACGGAUGUGGAAUCUCAGGAAGUGUUUUUCAGUGGCCUGUUUGAGAACUGUUUCCAUAUCAGGUGCUGGAAGCCUCGACCCUUAUCCAUUUACAUCCUGCUUGGCCGCGUCUUCCUGCUCUCCGCGGUAGUCUUGGCUUUCCUCACCACCUUCAUCAUGGUGUCUUUUGCAUCUGAGCUCUUCCCGAAGACCCGGAAGCACAAUUUCGUGUCAGCCUUCAUCAGCUUCCUCACAGGGGCCUGUGCCUUCCUGGCCUUGUUGCUGCAUGCGCUGGAGAUCCGCAAUCUGAUGAUGAAGCCCAGCCCCCUACGCUUCUCCGUGCAGUGGCCUUACUACGUCCUGGGCUUCGGCGUCCUUCUGUUCCUAGUGGCUGGUGCCAUCUGCCUCUCUCAAGAAACAGCCUGCACCAGCUGCCACUUGUUGCCCAUUUCCCGGCGUGCGGAGGACCAGGGGAUCCCACAACAGAAGAAGCUGGAGAGUUUGGGAGGAGAGCUGAGCUCAAUACAGAAGGAGUCACUGGUGCAGGAAGAAACAGUUAUCUAGUUCAGGAUGUUUUCUCUGCCAUUCCUGCAGCGGAUGAUGUGCACAAGCAGGUGUACGGGGUCUCCCUUCUCUGCUGCCCUCAAGUGUCACAUCAACCCUCCCCCUGCUCAGACACACAGACACUUGAUAUUACUCAUAGUUGAAAUUUGUUAAAAGUUCUUUGAAUUUU